AUUUAUUUUCUUCAUAUAACCUGGUUCUGCAUCAGAUGUGAGGAACCUCUUGGAACGUACUCAAGUCAAAACCAACAGACUAUUUGGCCGAGUGACUUUACUGGACAGAGAGAACUGCUGAUGGAGCCAAAGCUGCUGGUCUACCCCCCCACCAACCCCGACUCCCCAGCAGAGAGAGGGAUGAAGGUAAKGAAAACCAGCAACAGCUAGUUCCAAGAAAAUAAAACAGCCAUCUGAGCCACAAAGUGGGCACUCUCUUGUCCUACUCUUUCCUGGCGCUUCUGGUGUGAGAAACUGAUCUGUCCAAGUCGUUUCAAUUUUAAGUUGCUACGUUSUUUUUUUUUCUCCACCUCUUCCAAACUUUCCUAACAUAAAUUAAUGUAAAGUUUUAGUCUCAGAACUYCAGUCCACYAAACMUUUCCAUUAAACUCCUGAGAGAACAGUAAACYUUUAAUAAAUGCUGAACCAGAAAUGAUAUUAURUAAUAGUUAUGACAAAAUUUCUUAUUUAAAAUACAUUUCGUUGUCCAUACUAUACUGGUUUACUUGUUUUGAUAGAGGAUGUUGAUAGAACAUUAGCCUGAUUAUGAUGUAUGAUUGUUUAUAUACAUCAAUAGAGUCCAACAUAGCUGAAUAAGCAUUUCAGUUUGAAAAAUCACAGCUCGCAUUGCAGAAAUGAAAGCAAUUUUACCUUUAUAUUGACUAUGUAGACGGGGGAGAUGUGAGACCACUUACCACUCACUGAUUGAUAUUUUGCUCAGAUACCCCGAGGGCUCUAAACAGAAAAAUCACUCUUUCACACUUCUUACAAAAUACACACCGACUUACAUAAUGUUUGUGACUGCGACACCCACACAAUCACUAUUUCACACUCACUUGAGUCCUAAGCUCUGUUGUGCAUGCACUGACCAGAUGAUCCAUGUAAAGCAUACCCACAGCAAGUCACGGCGUACAUCAUGRGAGCGCGUUCAUGCUUGCAAAUACACACAUCGACACACUCCUCGGCCGGGGCUUGUUUUUUAUUGGCUGGUCUUAACUGCUUUGUAGUAUUUUUAGGCCUGUUAUUCUGGGGCCUGUCCUGGCAGGCCACUUGUACAGUAUUUAAGCCUCCCCACCAACGACUAGGGACCAGUGAGAACACACAGUGGAAACAUCAGCCGACAGACCGGCAGGCAUCUACCAGACAUAAAGCAUUCUGAAAAGAAAGGUUCUCUCUUUGCAGUGGAAGAUGGUUGUUAAACACCACAAGCAGUUUCUGAACGCCAUGCCCCCAGCGUAAUGUCUGCCGAAGUUUCGUUGCACAAGUUCUCUUUUCCAUUGGCCUGCUCUGUAAGCCUUUCUUCUCAAGACAAGGUGACCCAGAAGGUACCUGUACUUGUAAAGAACCUAGAAGUUCACAAACCUAAAGAGAACCAAACGUUAGGAGAGGAGAACCGCAUUACAGUUGUACAAGCAUUUGUGAACAAUGAGGRCCGAGCUUUGGAGAGCACAAAGCCUGCUGACGGGGGUGACACAGUUGCCGCYCGGCCCUGUGUCAAUCCAGAAGCCUCCCAGAAUGCCGUGGUUGCCAGGCAGAGCGUGGCUGAAAAUCUGCGAGUGGAGGGUGAGGAUCAACGUCCGGCAGCGAAGAGGCAGCUGUCCUCAGAGAGYGCAGCCAAGUCCAUCACAGCUGUKAAAAAAAGUGCACUGAGGAAGGAGCCAAAUGAACAGAAAGGGGGAGUAAAGGCCGCUCUGCCAGGCAAAAGAAAGCGUCGAAAGGACCUGUUCAAGAGCCCAGAGGUCUUCCUCAGGCUGGACUCCCAUGUCAUCAGGGCCGGAGAAGAGCUGAAACUAAAGCGUGUGUAUGACGUGAAGACAAUUGUACAAAGAGUCACACAAGGAUGCAGAAACGAGCUGGAGCAACUGCGCGCCAUCUGGGUGUGGCUGUGUAACAACAUUGAGUAUGAUGUGAGCGGGUAUCUUGGCCACACAGAAAAGCUGAGCUCCCCAGAGGAGGUGAUAGCUGCUGGCCGCGGGGUUUGCUGUGGCUACUCCAAUCUUUGUACAGAGAUGUGCAGAGAAGUGGGCAUCGAGUGCCAAGAAGUGCCAGGCCACAGUAAGGGCAUCGGUUACCGUCAAGGUCAUAGUUUAAAGAAUGUGAAGUCGGACCAUCUAUGGAACGCUGUGCUUCUGGGGGAGGAGUGGUUCCUCCUKGAUGCCUGUUGGGGAGCUGGACAAGUAGAUAUGCAACAUGAAAGCUUUGUCAAAAGGUUUGAUGACUUCUAUUUCCUAACUGACCCAGAGGAAUUCAUCGAUUCACACUUCCCAGAUGAGGAGAAAUGGCAGCUCUUGGAUAAGCCCAUCUCCAUUGAGGAAUUUGAACAAAGGGUCUUCAAGACCUCAGCCUUCUUCACCAUGGGGCUCAGUCUGAUAAGUCCUCUUCACCAUCAUAUAGUCACAGAUGACGGGGAAGCAACCAUAUCCCUUGGUUUCUCCAAGCUGACAACGUUCACCUAUGAGAUCACACAGCAUCAAGAUCUCCUCCACUGUGGAGCUUUAGAGCAGAAAGAGUCAAUCAAUUCCUCCUUUGGCCUUCUAACUGUCUCUGACAGGAGUAUGAAGUUGCAGCUACUGCCACCUGAAAGUGACACGUACGAUAUCAAAUUGUUUGCCAGAUCUGGAAAUGCUACAACUCCUCUGGUUUGGGUUUGCUCCUUCACUGUUGAGUGUCCAAACCCAAGGGCCACUGAGGACAUACCAGAGAACCCUUUCCUGUCCUGGGGCCUACAGCCUUUUGCAGGAUCCUUGGGUGUCAUAGGCAGUUCCCAGAACAGUGAGGUUGCCGAAGUGGAAGAUGGGGUCUUUGACUUAGUGUUGAAGACUUGCCAGCCUCUAAUGGUGUUGUGUGAACUCGUCCACCCACAAAUGGAAGGKGCUGUAGCCAGGUGCUGCCUGGCAACUCAGAUUCAACCAGAUAACCUCACAUGUCAUGUCUUGUGCCCAUUUCAUGGUUUCUACCGACUUUCAUUGUUUGUGCGGGACUAUGAGAAGACAGAAGAUAAGUUCCAGAAUGCUGCGAAUUACCUAUUGCACUGCAAAGAGAAGGUUGUUGGAUUAGAAGAGUUGUUUCCUCCCAAUCUGGGUUCRGCAUGUGGGCCAGGAACCCGAACGGUAAAGGCAGGGCUAUCAAGAUUCAGCCACAACUCAGCCAUUGUGAGUACCCAGCAAGGCAAGUGUAACCUCACCUUCCACAAUCAGCAGGACCUUGAACUUCACUAUGUUCUCARAAAAGAGAACAUAAGCUCAAAUUUUCCACUUUCACGUUACGUGUUCUGCACCUACACAGACCGCAAGGUGACUGUGAGCCUCAGUCUACCCGAGGCUGGGGUGUAUCGGCUAGGACUCUAUGCCCGGAUCACCGCCGGAGGAGAUUUCAGCCCAAUGUGUGAUUUUGUUUUAAGGAACAACUCUCCUCAGAUAAGACCUCCAUUCCCCUGUGUCUACUCUGCCUGGGGGAAAGGAUGCGUGCUGUUUGAGCCCCGUGUGGGCCUGCUAGAGCCGCUCUCCUGGGUCCUUUUCAGGGUUCGGGUCCCUGGAGCCCUCCGGGUAAGUGUGGUGGGAGAGAGUCGGACAGACCUAAAACUGAACAAGAGCAGAGUCUGGGAGGGGGACGUUUUUAGCGGAAACAGUCUUCAGCAACUGAAACUGGCAGCUUCUUUGGGCGACUCCAGUGAGAUGUCCGUUUUGAUGAUGUUUGAUGUAAAGCAGCUUCAGACUGAAGAUGCUAAUAAGGACUGACAAACCUCAGAGUCAAGAGAAACMAGUUAAAACUGUGAGCUGUAGUCUUUCAGGUUUAAGAGUCAGUUUUAGAAAUAAAUCUUCACAAUGGAAAUUAUGACUCGACUUUAAAGUGUGAAAAGGUGUGUAAGCUACGUUCCAGUGAAGCUCUACGAGACAGUGACUGACUCAAGAUUAUUAUGGAGGUUCACUUUAGAUUUAUACAAGAUUUCUCCAACAGCUCUAGUGCUGGUCAUAAAAAACUUGAAGAACCAUUAGCAGUAAUAUUUAUCUUCUAAAUAACAUCAACUUGUCUCAUGAUUUGUGUUUAUGUUUUACCUUUUGUUCUUUUCCAAUCUGCUUCAGUUUAUUGGGAACAUUUUUGUGCAGUUUGCUAGAGUCCACUGGAGUACCUCAGUCAGAUUGAGGGCUGGGCUUUUAUUAGACCGUUACACCAGUUUUCUUUUUUCCUUUCAUGAGCCAAUCAGCUGUGGAUUUUCUGCUGUUCCGACUUACUGUCGUCAUCAGAUAACCCAAUUUUAAAUAAG